UCAGGCUGCAGUUAGGUAGUCAUAGGGAUCCACCUAGCAGUUGCAGUGAAUGAAACUGUUAGAAAUGAAGCGAGGACCGAGGCAAUGGAAGGUGAAUGCAUGGAGGAACAGUUAAAAUGGAUCCUGUUGGCUUAUUGACUGUUCAAGAGGGAUAUUCAUUCACCAACACGGUCUGAAAAUGGCACAGACAAAACGUCAUAAUCCAGUGGACAGUAUUUGCCGAAAGAUCAAGACUAUCCAGAUGAUGGACCAGUUCUCAAAUCCUGCUCUACAGAUUCCCAAAUUUCAGUCCAGGAACUUUGAUAGCCCACAGAAUAAUGCCAGGAAAAAUCUAGAAGAGCUAUUGAAAAAAAGGACUUUUAAAAGUUAUGAUGGUAUGCCAUGUUCCAGAAGUCCUAAUAAGAAUAAUAUUUUCUCUCCAUACUUACAGGCCAUAUCCCCUAGUUUUAGAGAUGUCUCUGACUUCUAUGCUGGGAAAGCAGCCUAUUCCCUCAUUAAAAGUAAAGAGUGCAGCGGCAAGCCACGGAGACUAAUCUGCCAUAGUGAGAGCUGUUCUCCACUUAUUCUCCCAGCUAGAGAGGACAAUCCUGGCAGUCGGUCAUCUGCAGCCUCCAACUCCGAAUAUAAAGACCUAACUCAUGAAAUUAAUCACCUGACGUCAAGUCCUAACUUGCAUUUCUUAACAACUAAUCAAAAGACAAGAGAUUUUGUAUUCCUGUCUCCUUUUUCAAAGAAAUUUUCCUUGGAUGAAAGAGGAUGGAGGUCAUCACUAGAAAAUAAAGCUGAUGAUACUUAUAAUGUGAGCUUGAUCUGUGAAGAAGACUUGCUGACUACUAUCUUCUAUGCCUGUGACACAGAACGUAAAGGAAAAGUAACAGUUUCCACAAUAGUUGAUUAUAUGAGGCAUACAACUAGCCGGGGGUCAGAUGACAGUGGUCUUGAAGAGUUAUGUAAUAUGCUUGAUCCUGAUAAAAGGGAUAUUUCAAUGGACUUGGAAACAUUUCAUGCAACCAUGAAAGAGUGGAUUGAAGACUGCAGAAGAAAAUGGGAAGGUGAUGCCACCAAGGAACUAACUCUAAGUAUGGAAGACUCUGACUUGAAAUUGCAUGAAAUCAUUCCAGCAGCAAAAAAGGCUUCUGUUAGGCUGAACGUUACAUCAGGAAGCUUAGAGGCCUUUGGUGGAGAUGCAUCUAAAGGAGACUUAGAGACCUCUGACUUGAUUACCUGUGUAGCAGACCUUCAAUUUAACAACAAAAAACUUCAAGAAGAGAACAGCAAAUUAAAGCUGGUUCUGGAAAGCAUGGAGGAGGCUAACAACAGGCUAAUGGGAGACUUGGAGGAACUGCAUAAUCAAGUGAAAAGUGCCCAACAGACUGUUAUGAGAACAAAUUCACUGAAGGAGGAACUGGAAGAAAUGAAAAGUAACCUGAACUCCUUGGAAGAGAAGAGACACAAACUUCUGAGCCAGAAUAAGCAGCUUGAAAAAGAGAAUCAAUCUCUCAUACUCAAGAUUUCUAAUCUUCAAGAAGAGAAUACUAAGAAUGCUUUGGAUGCUGAUGGCCUUCAGAAAAAGAUUCUGGAGUUGGCCAAGAAAGUAUCUGAGCUCCAAAUGCAAAUACAUGUUUAUGAGACUACUGCGGUGAAUAAAGAUGCAAGUCUACUCCAGAAAGAUUUGGAUAUCAAAGAUCUUAAAUCUGCCAUUGUGGAAUACACUUCAAUAAUAGAGACUUUACGGGCAGAAAAAAAUAAACUGGUGUAUAGCAUGCAACAAAUGCAACAAGAGCUGAUUUCAAAUGGCAUACACUUCCAACUAAUAUGCAAAUAUAACAGGAACCUUCUUGAAGGGACAGAUUCCUUGCACUCUGAGUUAGAACUUGCUCAGUCUCCAGAGAUCACCAGGUUUGAAUGGACACCUUUGGAUGAAUCGCUGGACCGAGAGGUACUAUUGUUACUGCAAGGGCCUGAGAUAAUGAGAGAAGAAUUUAAGGCUACUAUCCAAAAACUGCAGGAGGAAGCCUCUGAAACUGAGGAACUUGUGGUGACCUCUUUUCAGUGGGUACCAGAUCCUGAGGUGAACAUGAGGGAAACCUGGGGGAGAGAGCUUGUGGUUCUUAAGCAAAAGCUAGAAGAAAGGAGAAAGGUCUGGUGUCAAAAACUUGAUUUCUUGAAAAAACGCACAGAAUCCCUGGAUAAAGAGUUUAUUAAGAUGUCAGGAAAUUUGAGGAGAACAAGGACAGAACAAUUUCAUUUAAGGAAGGAACUGGCUUCAAGGCAACACAAACUAGAAAAUGUCAAGCAGUUACAAGAAGCAGCUGCUGGACAAGUAGACACCCUUAGCUUCCAACUGCAAGAAGCUAGAAAACAGGUGGAAGAUUCCUGCAAACAGGCUAAGGAUCGAGAUGAGGCCCUCUACUCUGCCUGUGAAAAAGCCAAAUCUUUGAAAUGUGAAUUGGAGGAAGCCAUUUCUGAGCAGAAGAAUCUCCAGGCUAUGAAUACAUCUUUAAUGAGCAUUUGCCAGAUGCUUCAGGAAAAAAACAAGGAGCAGAAAACAACUAUUAACACUCUGCGAGAGAUGCUGUUUGAAAGGCAGCUCUGUGGAUCACUACAUCAGAGUUUUAGAGAUGGAGAGUCUGGCCAGAGUGUACUGUCUACAUCAAAUAUAAAACAAGAGACAGUAAAGCAGAAGCAACAUUGCUGCUCCCAAAGACGAGAUCAGUGCCUGGGAGUUUCCUUUGUACCUUUGUCAGGACAUGAGUGCAGGUGGUACACAUCUCUACUGGAUGCUCUGACACUGGACACACUACAGUUGAAUCCAAGAGUGCACACACAAAGUGGUUCCACAUGUACUGCAGCCAGACCUCUACCUGCAUUUGAACAGCAGGAUCUGAUAAAUGGGUCCAUCUUGGAUAUGACACCUGCAUCCCUCCAGUGGAAAAUACAUUUUGCUGGCAAACAGACUGAGGCAGAUCUUCCUGUUUCCACUACCAUGAUGGACUUGUUGCUUACUGAAGAAAGCAGUACUGGGCCAUUAACACUGGUUGACCCAGCAAUUUCCAGUGAGCAUUCAACACCAUCCUGUAAAGAAGCCCUUGGAUCCUCAUUGGAGAGUACCAAAACAUCAACAGAAUUGCUCACUAUGGAGACAAAAUCUUCUGAGUUUUCACAGGCAAAAGAGGAAGAUGUACCAACCUCUGUGGCAAUGAAGCAAGAUAAAGAUAAGGAUCUGACUGCUAAUUUGUCAGGUGCUAAUCUGACUAGGAAGUUCUGCCCAAGCACAGAAGAUCACAGAACCACACCUGAAAAUACCUUCAAGUUAAAUGUGGAGGUGGGUGAGGAAAUGGAGACUGUUAAAGAAGAAAGUGGACAAGCAUCCAUAGCAGUUCCCAGUAUCAAAGAGAAUUCACCCAUGGCAACUGGCAUUAAAGGAGCUAAAACCAAUCAGAAUGAUGAUGGCUCUCCUAAUGAAAAGGAGGUGGAGGCAGAGUUUCUCAGAUUGUCUUUGGGCUUUAAAUGUGACCUGUUUACCUUGGACAAGCGAGUGCGGCUUGAAGAAAGGUCUCGAGACUUGGCUGAAGAAAACUUGAAAAAGGAGAUCGCUAAUGGGCUGAAACUACUAGAGUCUUUAGCACCUUUGUGUGAUGAAGAUAAUCAAGCCCAAGAGAUCAUUAAGAAACUGGAGAAAUGUUUGCAGAGCCUUAGUCAGUAUGUGACCAGGGUUGCUAGUAGAGCAGAGAUGUUGGGAGCCAUCAAUCAAGAGAACCGUGUCAGUAAAGCAGUAGAAGUAAUGAUUCAACAUGUGGAAAAUUUGAAACGCAUGUAUACCAAAGAACAUGCAGAACUUGAGGAGCUGAAACAAGUUCUACUUCAAAAUGAAAGAUCAUUUAGCUCUCUUGGAGACGGAGAUGAAUCUGCAAAUAAAAGUCUUCCAAGUUCUCUCAAUUACAAGCCCUCACUACGAAGAGUUAGCAUUGCAACGUUGCCCAAAAGUACUGGAAAUGCUGGCAUUGGUCUGUCACUGGCUCAGCUAAAUGAAACUGGUGGACCAGAAAAGAGUGACAAAUUCAACAGGAGAUCAAGCAGUUGGGGAAGAUUAGGAGCAAAGCAAAAUGAGAAGCGUCCUUCACUGCAACGAUUCAUUAGCACGUAUUCCUGGACAGAAUAUGAGGAAGAAUGCUCUGAAACAAAAAACAAAAAGUUGGAACCACCAGUUGAAGAAACAAGAGGAGACCAACAGAGGAAGAUGAGUGUUGCUGAAAAAGGGAAAAAUCCAUCAAAAUGGAUUCUAAACUCGACCUGCAACAUGAUGUCUUCAUGGGUUUCUCAUCUCAAGACUUCCUUUUGUGAUGCUAACAAGACUCUAUGGAUUUCGGUUACCAUUCUGGUCCUCCUUGCUGCAUUCACAAGUUUUCUCACUGGCCUGUCUCUUCAAAGACCAGCAGAUGCAGCUCCUGUGGGAACUGGGAAUUCCUGGACUUCACUACAAAAGCUGUUGUGGCCAUAUACUGGACUUCGACACAAUGGACCACCACCUACAUAACACUGGAUUAGAACCUUUUUGGUUUGCAUAGUAAUCUUUUUUUUCUGUGUGGCAUUUUGUUGUGAACUAACAUAAUACCUCUGUUUUAGUUGAGUAAAUCUAUAGAUGUGAGGAGCUGAGAGGUGUAUUUAAAGCUAGUUUGAUGCUUUUAGACUGCUUUUGAAGUGAUUUUUUUCACCAGAGAAGCACAACUUAAACUAUCAAAAAGAGACUUUCACCUUCCAUAUUUCAUUCAGCUUUAGAAUGUUAAAAACAGGUAUUUGAAACAAUAAACAGGAUUAAAUUUCCCAACUGCUAGAGAGGAAGGAAAAUGAUAGUCUUUAAAUGCAGAAAGCUACUUUCAGUCAUUUUAAGGCUGUUGGGACUAUCUGAAUGUGAAAUGAUGGAUUUCAAAGCUGACUUUA